AAAAUCUAAAAUUAUUGUUUACCAAAGUGAUUUCACAAGCAUAACCGCCGAAAAUCAUUUACGUUAUUGUUUACACUCCGCGUAUAAAACUGGUGUUUUGCGAGUCUGGCUAUUACGUGAAAUCUAUCCAUAGAACAUGGUAGGGACCAGGUCAUCUGAAGCAGCAACAUCCCCGAACACUAGCGGAAAAGGGCCCCAAACAAAGUCAACCAUCGGCGAUGCACAACAGACGGCAUCUCAACCGCAUCACGGUUGCAGCGCUACCUUUUGUCGGCAGGCCUCAGUUUCGGGUAGUUCAUGUACACCGUUUCACACCGGAGUCCGACUGCGUGGUUUAGGAAGAAGUCGUCGGGAGGUGAAGCAAACUGUCCGCAAUUUGGAAUCCAAGCCACAAUCGCCAACAUUUAUUAGAAAUACCCAAUAUCUACCCACUCUCAAAGAGUCGCGUGUUCUUCCGACUGCUGAAGCUCCGACUCCAGUCUGUCGCUUUUGUCUCGAAACAUCGGGUAAUUCGCUGGAGCCAAUCUUUCAAUCAAAACCGAACGCUGGUGUUCCCACACCGGAAGAUAUUCUGCUUAUGCUGGGGAUUGAGGUCAAGCCCGACGACAAACUGCCGCAAGGGAUGUGCGUUACUUGCGUAUCCAAAAUUAAUUAUAUGAAACGUAUACGGAAACAGUUCCAGGAAACUGACCGGAAACUACAUGAACAGCUCAGAAGAUCAAACGUAUCACAUUAUUCAGAGGAUAUAGAAUCUUUGGAAAAGGAAAUGCAAAUAAUCGACGACAAGAGGAAGUUAAUGGAAGUAACUUCCACUGAAAGCGAAAUGAAAGUCGUUGGCUAUGGGAUCGCAAUGGAAAACGACGCAUACUUUAUUACGGUGGACCAUAAUCCAGAGCAACACUACCAAAACGAACAGCAGCUGCUGACCGAGGACCAGAUUACGAUCGAAGGCGUUGAGGAAGAAAUCGAAAGCACCCCGAUUAAGAGCGAAAACAACAUAGAGCCGGCCGUCGAUGAGUCACCCAUGGAGCUACUGUAUACCGGAAACUUCACCGAGGCAGCCGACAGUGCACAGAUUAAGGAAGAGCCACGAUUCGACGAUUUCGCCUCCAUCGACGAGUUAGAAGAAAUGGAGAGGUUGGCGGAGGCACUGAAAGAUAAACCGGAAAAGCGACGUUGCUAUGGGCGGUUUCGGUAUCACUAGGGGCGGCAUUGGUGCAGCAAGUGACAUUCUUUUGUUUGUACGAAUCGUGGGUGAAUAAAUGCGUCGUGGAAAUUCGAAA